CUUUGUAGGUUACAAUCAACAUAUCAGUUGAUAUACUCAGGCUCGUUUUGUUUCGUGUUUUUUGUUAUAAACUUUAGUGUUAAUGCGUAAUUAAGUGUGUAAAUAUAAACAAAAUGAAUGCCUUUUUAAAAUCAGGUAAAUUAUCCGCUGAUUCUGCCGGUGCGUCAGGUUCAUCAACGAAGAAAUCAACAACUAAAAAAGCACCAGUCCCAUGGGUUGAAAAAUAUCGACCGAAGACAGUUGCCGACGUUGUGGAACAAAGUGAUGCAGUUGCAGUGCUGCAGCAAUGCAUGUCAGGAGCAGAUUUGCCCAAUCUUUUAUUCUAUGGUCCUCCUGGCACAGGUAAAACCAGUACAAUUCUAGCAGCGGCACAUCAAUUAUUCGGUGAUAUGUAUCGCCAAAGGAUCUUGGAGCUGAAUGCUUCAGAUGAGAGAGGAAUUCAAGUUAUUAGAGAAAAAGUUAAGACUUUUUCACAGAUUACUGCAAGUGGUACAAGACCAGAUGGAAAACCAUGUCCGCCAUUUAAAAUUGUCAUCUUGGAUGAAGCUGAUUCAAUGACAAACGCAGCUCAAGCCGCGUUGCGUCGUACAAUGGAGAAACAAACGUUAACGACGCGUUUCUGUUUGAUUUGUAACUACGUUUCGAGGAUUAUAGAGCCUCUGACAUCAAGAUGCACCAUCUUCAGGUUUAAACCAUUACAGGAAUCUAUGAUCUAUGAAAGAUUAAAAUUUAUUUGUACUGAAGAAAAAGUUGAGUGUAACGACGAAUCUCUUAAUACUUUGGUGGAGACCUCUGGCGGUGACAUGCGACGAGCUAUUACUUGCCUUCAAAGUUGUGCCAAACUAACCGGACAAUAUUCACCGAUUAAGAUUGAUCAUGUUUAUGAAGUCACUGGUGUUAUUCCAAAAGAAUGGGUCGAUAAUUUUAUGAAGGCUUGCGCAUCUACGGAUUACAAUGAACUUCGGAAAUAUAUUGAGAAAAUGUUGUAUCAGGCGUAUUCAUCCAGUACUUUCCUGGAACAAUUCAACGAAUAUAUGAUUAAAUCAAAUAAGUUGGAUGAUAAACAAAAGGCUUGUAUUGGGCAACAAUUAGGGUUGAUUUCAUUCAGAUUACAAGAUGGCGGCUCCGAAUACGUCCAAUUAUUAGAUCUGGGGAUAACGGUAAUGAAAGCGCUCAAAAUGAAAACAACAUCGAAGUAACUUAUUUAUUACAUUUUAAUGAUGCAUUUUCUACAUGAUUUCAAUACGAAUACCAACUACGAAUUAUAAUAUGCUAAGACUU